AUGGACCAAAAGCCGAUUAAUUACGUUUUUGAGGAGACACCACUAGCUUCAACGGUCGAAGAACAGCCCUACGUUCAGCCAGAGAUCAUGAAGAAAUACAACAUCACUAGCGAAGAUCUAAAAUGCACCAAGCCAAAAACCAAGAAGAAACGCAACUUUGUCAAUGAAAACGAAAAGAACGAGGCGUACUGGAAAAAGGUCAGAAAUAGAAACGUUUCUUUGUAA